AUGUGCGCCGCCACGACGCUCAUUUCUCUCUUCCUUCUCUCCAUUGGCGCCAAUGCCCAAAGUUCCAAGCCGGCCUCCACAUCUAGCGCGAUUAGUGCCACGCCCUCUAUCACGGCAUGCAUUCUUGCAUGCGUGGAAUCCGCUGCCACCGCCAAUGGAUGUGCAUACACCAACGCAUCCUGCAUUUGCGCUUCGGCGCAAUUCCAAGCUGACGCUGCUCUGUGCUUGACACAACACUGCACCGCUGAUGAUCUCAAAAACGCUCUGGCGCUCCAGACUUCUCAAUGCCACUCUGUCUCCGUGUCUCGGAGUGGUACUGCGUCAAUUACCCCACAUACUGUGUCGUUCACCGCCCCUUCCUCCGUCGCUUCGACCGCCAGUUUGACCUCGUCAAUUCAUACCUCCGCCUCCCUCACCGCUAGUGCUUCCAUCCCCGCCAAUUCUACCUCUGUUUCUUCGUCUGGCGUGAACCAGACCUCUGAAUUGUCGACCCGGGUAACUUUCGGUAUUAUCGCUCUCAUUUCCAUGGCCCUUAUAAUCUGA